AUGGGCAUCACACUCUCACACUCCCACUCCUGGUACCGUUCUAGCAAUUCAGUAGGCUCAGGGAUGAGGCUUGUUCUGUGCUGGAUUGGACUCUUCACUGUGACUUAUGCAGCUCCAGCAAUAUUAAGUGAAGAGCGAAUUGCUGCCAUAUUGGAGAAACUGCGAAGAGCUAAUUCCAUAGGGGAGUACGCUGUCAAUACUCCUACCGGAAUCUAUCCAAUCAAGGACAUCAACAAAAACAAUAUCCGUCAGAUCUUCAACUUUGGCUUCAACGAUCAGAAAGCACGCGAUACCGCGGCUGGUCAGGACAUCACUGAAGUUAAUCGAGCAAAGGUUAUCGAGAAUAAAGAAAGCACAGUCGCUGCCUCCUCCAACGAUGCCACCGCAAUUAAAGACGAUAAAACGAAGGGACGUGCUGUAGAUGAAACUACAUCUCCUGAAUCAACGACUGAUGGACAAAAAACUGCAACUGAAAAAGUGCAAUCAGGAGAAGAGGCUCAACCAACAAAGGAGCAGCAGAAAACUGCAGAGGAGCAAACGAAUCAGAUUGUGCCAGGAGCUCCUGUUGGAGAAGAAGAAGAAGGAAAAGAAAAGAAAGAGGGACAUCACACGAAAGAAGGCGCUGCAGAGGAACUUGCAGAGGAACAUGGGAAAUCUACAGUGGAACAUGUGCAGAUUUCAGAGGCUCAAGACGAACCAGCAUUUGAUGCUGCACCCAAAGAUAAACCGCAGGAAACCGAUGUUGUCGUGAAGGAGUCUACAUCAGAAACUUCUUCUAACGACGGUGAACUCACCACUGACAGCAAUAAAGCAGCAGCUAAAGCUAAAGAUAGUGAUGCCAACCACGAAACCGCUGCAGAGGUUGCAGAGGGGAAUACUAUUGACGAGGCCGCUCAGACCACAUCGAAUGACGCUGCAUCAACUCGGUCAGAAAAAGAUGUUGAGAACGAUGGAAACCAUUCUACUGAAAAGAUAGAAGGGACAGCAACUUCUGAUGCUAGCAGCAGUGAACCAAAAACAGAUCAGGAUGCAGCCGCAAAUUCUUCCGUCGACUUUUCAAAAACUACAUCGAAACACGCCGCCACCGUCGAGAAAAAAACUGAAGGUCAGCUUGCAGCCGACUCUCAUACUAACGACAAUAUUGAGGGUUCCGCAGAAAGUCCGGAAGAUAAAGCCGAGAACAGCGGGCUACCAGAUGAUACCACUGUAACAGCAGCUGAUCUUUCUACGCUUCUCACAGGCUCAGAUGCGACGAAGGACGAAGCGUCGGCUGCUUCUGAAAGCACACCAGCGACGGUAGCAGUGUGA